CUGCCGCGCACCGCCCCCUGACCCGGAAGUGCUCGGCGGGCGGCCGCGGCCACUUCCGGCUUCCGUAGGUCGGACUACAGGCGACAGUUUCUCCUCGCGUCGGCUGCCGUCGUCGCCGCGGUCGCCACCAUGGGCAAGAAGCACAAGAAGCACAAGGCCGAGUGGCGCUCGUCCUACGAGGAUUACACGGACACACCGCUGGAGAAGCCGCUCAAGCUGGUGCUCAAGGUGGGAGGAAGUGAAGUGACAGAGCUCUCAGGAUCUGGCCACGACUCCAGCUACUAUGAUGACAGGUCAGACCAUGAACGAGAGAGACACAGAGAAAAGAAGAAGAAAAAGAAGAAGAAGUCAGAGAAAGAAAAGCACCUCGAUGGGGAGGAGAGGAGGAAGCGGAAGGAAGAAAAGAAGCGGAAGCGGGAGAAGGAACACUGCGACUCAGAGGGGGAGGCUGAUGCCUUUGACCCUGGGAAGAAGGUCGAGGUGGAGCCACCCCCAGAUCGGCCAGUGAGAGCCUGCCGGACACAGCCAGCUGAGAACGAGAGCACACCCAUCCAGAGGCUCCUGGAGCACUUCCUACGCCAGCUACAGAGAAAAGAUCCUCAUGGAUUUUUUGCUUUUCCUGUCACGGAUGCAAUCGCUCCUGGUUACUCGAUGAUCAUAAAGCAUCCCAUGGACUUUGGCACAAUGAAAGACAAGAUUGCAGCUAAUGAGUAUAAAUCAGUCACAGAAUUUAAGGCAGAUUUCAAAUUAAUGUGUGAUAAUGCGAUGACCUACAAUAGACCAGACACCGUGUACUACAAGUUAGCCAAGAAGAUCCUGCAUGCCGGCUUUAAGAUGAUGAGCAAAGAGCGGCUGUUAGCUUUGAAGCGCAGCAUGUCGUUUAUGCAGGACAUGGAUUUCUCUCAGCAGGCAGCUCUUUUGGGCAGUGAAGACCCAGCAGUUGAGGAACCUGUUCCUGAGGUUGUCCCAGUGCAAGUAGAAACUGCCAAGAAAUCCAAAAAGCCGAGUAGAGAAGUUAUCAGCUGCAUGUUUGAGCCUGAAGGGAAUGCCUGCAGCCUGACGGACAGCACUGCGGAGGAGCACGUGCUGGCCCUAGUGGAGCAUGCAGCUGAUGAGGCUCGGGACAGGAUUAACCGGUUCCUCCCGGGAGGCAAGGUAGUGUCGGUGGCCCUCCCCAUGAAGGCUAUGCCACUUGGCCUCAAACACUCGUGUCUUUGCAGCCAGAUGGGCUACCUGAAGAAGCUCGGAGAUGGAAGUCUCCUCUACAGUGUGGUCAAUGCGGCUGAGCCUGAUGCAGAUGAGGAAGAGACGCACCCUGUGGACCUGAGUUCACUGUCCAGCAAACUGCUCCCAGGCUUCACGACACUGGGUUUCAAAGAUGAAAGACGAAACAAAGUCACAUUCCUGUCCAAUGCCAGCACUGCACUUUCAAUGCAGAACAAUUCUGUGUUUGGGGACCUGAAAUCGGAUGAAAUGGAGCUGCUGUAUUCGGCCUAUGGAGAUGAGACCGGUGUGCAGUGUGCACUGAGCCUGCAGGAGUUUGUGAAGGAUGCUGGGAGCUACAGCAAGAAAAUGGUGGAUGACCUCCUGGAUCAGAUCACAGGCGGAGACCACUCAAGGAUGAUCUUCCAGCUGAAGCAGAGGAGGAGCAUCCCUGUGAGACCGGCAGACCAGGUGAAGGUUGGGGACUCACUGGGAGAUGGUGGUGGUUCUGUUCUGGAUUUUAUGUCAAUGAAACCAUAUCCUGACGUCUCCCUGGAUGUAUCCAUGCUCAGCUCUCUGGGGAAAGUGAAGAAGGAGCUGGACCAUGAUGACAGCCACUUGAAUUUGGAUGAGACAGCCAGGCUUCUGCAGGACUUGCAUGAGGCACAGGCAGAGCGAGGGGGCUCCCGGCCAUCCUCAAACCUCAGCUCUCUGUCCACCGCCUCUGAAAGGGAGCAACACCCUCCAGGAAGUCCUUCUCGCCUUAGUGUUGGGGAGCAGCCGGAUGUCACCCAUGACCCUUAUGAAUUCCUUCAGUCUCCAGAACCUGCAGCCUCUGCCAAGAACUAGCUAGUGGGUUCUUGAGAGCUUUUCUUUUUUUUCUAAAUUUUAUUCUAUAUGGAGUUUUUGUCACAAGACAGGAACUUUCGUCUCGUCCUCUCUGGCAUGUGGCAGCCUGGGGAGGUAGUGGCUUUUCUGAACUGUCAUGUCAGUAGCAGAGGCCGAAGUAUAUCAUGUGGUGUCCCAUUAGUUCUGAGCAGUGAAACCAACGUAAGGGUAUGAGGCUGAAUUAUUCAGCUCUGUGGUCUGCUCAGAGCACCAGGAGCCACAUGCAUCUUCGCUGGUGAGUUCUGCACAGCCUCCUUGCAGUUCUUGAAGGGAGCCCAAAGGACAUACCUACGGAGGGACAGCUUCUGUUUCCUGUUUGGUCACUGAGCCUAAGGAAAGAGUUGUCCUCCUGGCAAACAGUGAACUGCAUGGCCUGUUAGAAUGAAGUGUUUAGGGCCAUAAAAUGUUUCAAAAGGAUGUAUUUCCUAAUACCUACUUGUAUUUGCAGAAUACAUGUACACAGGUCCUAAUAAAGAGAUGUCUAAGGUG